AUGCCUAAGAAUAGCGAUGUAACUCCUCCUCCAUCAUGUCCUAUGCACAAGCCCAGCGCAGAUGCUCUUAAGCCUGUGGCAAAACCUGCAGCAUCACCCGAGUCCGCCUGCCCAUAUACUCCAGACAAUGUCUCUCAAGACCCUAAAUCGACAUCUAAAUACUCCAAAUACAAUCCUCUAAACUACAUGUUUCCAGAUUUAUCUCAAGAGCGAGCAAAAGAUCAGACUAUCGCAUUGCCAACUGAAAGAGAACCAUCUACUAUCCCUAAAGGUACUGGCGAUGGUAACUGGGAGUAUCCUUCGCCGCAGCAGAUGUACAAUGCUCUUUUGCGCAAAGGUUAUACCGAUACAGAUGCGACUGCCGUUGAGAGUAUGGUAUCAGUUCACAACUUUUUGAACGAGGGAGCUUGGGCUGAAAUCGUGGAAUGGGAGCGAAGAUUCGGUAAAGGGCUGUCGAAGGGCUGGGAGAAUUGUAAGAGGGGAGAAGUGGGUUCCAAGGCAGGCGCAGACAUUGGUGCAAAUGAAGAUGAAGUGCCCCAGCCAAAACUAGUUCGAUUUAUGGGCAGACCGAAAGAAAUAACACCAAAAGCUGCCAUGAUUCAACUAAUGGGUUGGGCUUUCCCAGAAAAAUAUGGUACCGAGCCCCCAUUUGAUCGUCACGAUUGGUUUGUCCAAAGAGAAUAUAAUGGUCAGAAGAAGGAAGUUCGAUAUAUAAUCGAUUAUUACUCUGGAGGAGAAGAACCCACCGGGGAACCAAUAUUCUAUCUUGAUGUUAGACCCGCUCUCACUCCCACGCAAGCAGUAGAACGCAUGAUGCGAUGGGGUGGUGAUGUCUGGUAUCGUGCGUCAGGAGUGCAGAAAACACUAUGGCAGAACCUUUUGUGUCAAUCAGGAGAUAUAUCAAAUGGGGAGCAAGAGAGUGAGGCAAAGGAAAACACAAACACUCUGGUCUUGACAUCUGCCGAUAAACACUACGUAGACAUACGAAUACUUGACCCAUCCAAACCGCUCCCAAACAAUACUUCUGACCCUCAAGCAAUAUCAAGGCUAGAAUGGGGUUUCGCGGGACGGGCAAUCAGUACCCCCGCAGAGUUUAAAGAUGGUGAUAAAAGCAUUUUGAUCAAGCCAGCGCAUACAGAAUGGAUUCAUGAAAUAGAUAAUAAAAUACGAAAUCCUGGACCUGAUGAUCGUGAUGAGGGAUUCAUGUAUCCUGUGGAGGGCACAAAUGAGGUCUUGGAAAAGGGAGCCAUGGUAAAUCCAGAGACUGGGAAAGUGGAGGACUAUCAAGAGUUGUGGGAGGAUCUAGAGGUGGAGAUGAUGGAAGGGGAGAAAAGUGAUUACUUCAUGAGCUGGGUGCUGGAAACUAAGGGCACUCAUGGCGAAGUAAAUGGGAUGGUGAUCAGAAUUGGUGAGUGGAUACAGGGGGUUAUGAGAAACGGUGAUACAUUUUCGGUUUUUAGGUGGAAAUGGAAUAUCAAAGAUGGAUGGGAAAGAGUAUUGGCAAUUGGAGAAGAUCUAAAGCUAGACAGCCAGAUCUUUAAGGAGGAGAUAUCUGUGGGUAAUAGCUUCAAGGCUGGAGGUGGUGUGGAGUGGGAGUACACAAGUUGUCACAAGUACAGAAAGUAG